ACACUAAACAUGGCAUCAGAAGAAUCAGCAUACAAGCCAGACGAGGAAUUAAUCGAGAAGGUGUUGCGUGAAUAUGAAAAUGAUCCAAAUCUCAAAGUCAAGUCUGUGGUCUCAAGUGAUGGUUGCGAGAAAGGAGACAACUAUAUGUCAGUCGUUAAACGUCUUGUUAUCACAGGGACAACCGGAGCUGGAUUCGAUUACAACAAAAGUUUCAUUUCCAAACAUCUGGCUGAGGAUGAAAUUCAUCAGGAGGUCUUCCAAAGUCAAAACCUUUUCGCCAACGAAUCUAAAAUGUACCAGACAGUGCCUAUUCUUCUUGGCAAGGAUCAGGAAAUAUUACCCAAUUGCUUGUUCACUAGUGCCAAACUGAUUAUGCUGGAAGACUUGAGACCACUAGGAUUUUUUCUUGAGGACAGAGUUAAGGGUUUAGACUUCGACCAUACAAAAAUAGUACUCGAGGCACUAGCCGAUUUUCAUGCAGCAUCGUUUAUCCUAGAACAAAAUGACGCGACAAUUUUUAACUCAUUAAGAAACGACUUCAUGGAAGUCUAUUUUCCUGACACGAAUUCUCGAGGUGCAGGAAAGGUUUUAAACGACUUUCCCAACUUCAUUGUCUUGUGCUUGAAAGCUGUCGCGACCUUAGAAGACGACUAUUCGAAAGAGAUCGCCUUUAUGGAGGAGCAUUUAGGAAAAAUGUAUGAUUUAAUGAAGGAACAAGUCAAACCUAGAGAAUAUUCGGUGCUGUGCCUUGGCGAUCUGUGGAUCAACAACAUACUUUUCAAGCACGAGGAAGAGAAGGGGAAAAAGGUAGUCAGAGGUGUACGAUUUAUAGAUUUCCAAGUUGCCAGAUUCGCGCCCCUGGUCACAGAUCUUCAAAAUUUCUUGCACAGCAGUGUUCAGCACGAAAUUUUAUUGGAACAUCUGGAUGCUUUUCUUGAAAUAUAUUAUAAAAAACUGCGGUCGAAGCUGUCGGAGUUACCUACAAAUGCAUAUGAAAAAAUCACCUCAGAUUGGUUGAAAAGCGAAAUGAAGAAAUCACAAGUCUAUGGCAUGCUGACAAGUCUUUGGCUCACACCUGCGCUCAUGGCGGAUGCCGAAGAUAUUCCGGAUGUGUCAUCUGUUGCGAUUCAGACGUCUCAAAACACAGCAGCUAUAGAUUACUGGAAGCAAAGGUUGUCUCCUCGGCUACUGCAAAGAAUAGUCGAGAAGUGCAAAUAUUUUAUCAAGUAG